AAAUCUAAUGUCUUAUCCCAUCUCUUCCUCCAACAAAAGAAAACGAAAUCACGAGUUUGCUUCGAGCUACGGCCUACGCCCACACGCACUCGCCAACGACUUGUCUCUUCCAUUCCAUGGACACCCUAUCAAGCUCUGUCUCAACCCUCAAAGUUCCUAACUUCUACUCAACAACACCUCGUGAAUUCUGUCACUUGAAAACUCCCAACAGACAACGUCGAUUUCCUCCACCUUCUCCACACUGUUCCCAUUUAUUCUCAAGCGCCAAAACAACCACCAUCUCCGCCAACAAGUCCACCUCUUUUACUCACAAAAACCUCAGUACUUCUCCAUUCUUCUCAACUUCUCAAGCCAGCCAACCUCUCACUUCUUCUCCUUAUGUCCAUCAAAAGCCAGCCAGCGGAUACGCUGCAGCUCUUCUAGACAUAGCUCAAUGCAACAGGUCACUUGACGCAGUGCAAAAAGAUGUGCAAAAGUUCUCAAAACUACUCCAAAAUGCUCAAAUUCAAGCUUUGUUAAGUGACCCGUUUCUGGGUGAUAAAGAGAAGGGACAAGUAGUGAAGGAACUGGCUACAAAAGGGAAGUUCAAUAAGCACCUGGUUAGCUUGUUGAAGAUGCUGAUUGAGAGGAACAAGUUGGAGACAGUAAGUGAAGUUUUGGAGGAGUUGGAGAGGAUUUACGAUGAAUUGAAUGAGACCAAACAGGUUUGGAUUUGGUCAGAGAAGACGAUAGGGGAAGACAGAUUGUCUAGAAUUGCUAAGGGGGUGCAAAAGCUUACUGGGGCUGUGAAAGUCAAGGUCAGGAAUUUGGUUACAGAUAAAUUACCAAUACCAGCCUUAUGCAGUUUUGCUGUAUGAUUAAUUAAGAUGCAUUAACAAUGUAAAAUGUAAUGUUUACAUUACAGGUAGAGAAUGCAUGAAGCAAUGGAUUUUUUUUUUAAUUUGUAUUGGGUUUUUUUAAG